GGAGAGAGUGGCACAGGACACCAGCUGCUACGGGGAACAAUCUGGCCCAAGGCCAGAGUAAAGCCAAGUACGAGCAGUGUCAACUGUAGCUUCAUCUUCACUUCUUGGAAUACCUCUAUUUACUCAGUUGUUUUGAUCAAUGGAUUCGAUCAAUGGAUUGCAGCAUAAUUAAAUGGCUGGAAGCCUUUGUCUGGUGGCAAAUUCCGCUUGCGUCAUCCCUGCAAAGAUAUUUUUUAUACAUAUAUAACCUUCUCUUCUUUGGGAAUGCAAAUCUGCCCUUGGACGAGUGGGUGGCCCAAAAAUGGCUGGGCAUCCGUAAAAGGGGCACUGCAUUUGAAAGUCAAAUCCAAUCUGGGUGCUGCUAUAAAAGACACUCCGAUGGCUUGCCAGUGGACAGUGGCCAGUGAUCGAGUGGCCCAGGUAGUGAACCCAGAAUUUACCGCCCCAUCAUGAAGAUCGAACUUGGCACCAUGUUGGGCUACUUGCUGCUGGGACUGCUGCUGUCCCAUGCCAGCAUAGCAACUGCCGCAACUGGAGUGAUUCCGGCGUAUCCUGCAGCGAUUCCGGCUGCCAUUCCCCGCGUGGUUCCCGUGGCCACCAGUCAUCAGUUCGUCACCCGCAACUGGAAUCGUGUCUAUGUGCCACCACCAACCACGGUGGCCACUUAUCCGAACACCUACAUAAAGUACAGCGGAGGCUAUCCCUCGUAUCCCGUCUACAACUAUCCCUAUGCCUCUACCUAUCAGUACACCUAUCCCUACUACUAUCCCACAUAUAACUAUGGCUAUGGCUACAAGGGUGUCUGGUGAUCGAUUUAUGAAUAGAAGGGUAUUCAGAUAAAGUGUGCCCACCUUAAAUCUAUUGUGAUAACCUAUGAAAACCAAAUGAUGUUAUUUGUAUAUGAAUAUAAAUAUAUAAUAUACUUGUUUAUUAA